GACGCCACAGAGAAGGAUACAGGCAAGGCAGAAAGACCAGUACGAGGAUGCAAUUCACCUCUUCAAAGGGAUAAAGAACACAAAAUAACUUUCAUACUAUACAUUUUUCAGAUAACGAACCUGUCUUUGAGUCUGUGCGUUCUCACGUGGGUUCGAAGUCCAGCACGCUAGAAUUGUGAGCGCCCGUCUUAUUAUAACCCCACACGAGUUAGUUCAGUUUGGCACAUCCAAACUGAAGUGCAUUUACCACGCAGCCGCUCGCCAGUGGAAGCACAUCAUCUGAAAGGGACCUAUGCGUUCUUCCCCGGGCACUAUGUUUGGAAAGAACUGGACGGAUUUCUUGGAACCAUGUGUUCCUCUCCGAUCUCCCGCUAUGGUUUCACGCACCAUUAAAUGGUAACGCAGCGUACUGACAAAUAUUUAAUUGGGAGAUUAUAAACUGAACCAAGACGAGAGGAGAGAGUAAGAAGACUUUUAUGUGGGAAGUACGCCUCCCCAAAACCAUGUGGAGAAUUGCGACCCUUGAUGCACCGAGCUCUCAUCACGGAGAGAGGAGAAUUUAAAACAGUAAGAUAUUUAGGCCUACAUUUGGAAAUCUCUGCCGAUGAGGAACUGCAAGAAAAGGACAUUUGGUAGAGAAGAAUGGCCCCACCUGAUCUCCUUGACCCAAAGUCUGCCGCUCACAACUCCAAGCCCCGCCUCUCCUUCUCGGCUGCCAAGCCGGUGGUCCUGAACUCCCCCGAGGACGAGUACGACACCAUGCGCUUCACCGUCAUGAGGUGGAAGACGGUAUCAGUCAUCUUCUUCCUGGUGGUGCUCUACCUUAUUGUGGGAGCCCUGGUGUUCCGGGCGCUGGAGCAACCCCACGAGAGCCAACAGAAGCUGGCCAUCCUGGCCGAGAAACUGGACUUCCUGUCGCUGCACGCCUGUGUCAACUCCUCCGAACUGGAGGACCUCGUCAAGCAAGUGAUCUCUGCCAUCAGAGCGGGCGUCAACCCAUCAGCGAACUCAUCCAAUCAGACAAGUCUGUGGGACCUAAGCUCCUCCUUUUUCUUCGCUGGCACUGUCAUCACCACUAUUGAUUGGAUAGGGCAGUGUGCAGUGCGAUGGCGAUUGCGUCACCCGUGGAUCUAUUGGGGCGGCUUUGGGAACAUCGCUCCCCACACGGAGGGGGGACGUAUCUUCUGUAUCAUCUAUGCCCUCCUGGGAAUCCCCCUCUUUGGCUUCCUGUUGGCUGGUGUUGGAGACCAGCUUGGAACCAUCUUUGGGAAAGGCAUCAACAGAGUGGAGAAGAUAGUUGGGUCUCUCCCUCAAAAGUGGAAAGUGAGCCAGACCAAGAUCAGGGUGAUCUCCACCGUGAUCUUCAUCCUGUUUGGCUGUGUCCUCUUCGUGGCGUUGCCAGCGGUCAUCUUUAAACACAUAGAGGGCUGGAGUACGCUGGAAUCCAUCUACUUUGUGGUCAUCACCCUCACCACCAUCGGCUUCGGCGACUUUGUGGCCGGUGAAAAAGGUCUUGAAAAAGGUGGUUCUGAAAUAGAGUAUCUGGACUACUACAAGCCUGUGGUGUGGUUCUGGAUCCUGAUUGGUCUAGCCUACUUUGCUGCCGUGCUCAGUAUGAUAGGAGACUGGUUCAGAGUAAUCUCCAAGAAAACCAAGGAGGAGGUAGGGGAGUUCCGGAUCCACGCAGCAGAGUGGACGGCAAACGUGUCGGCUGAGUUCAAGGAGACGCGGCGUCGCCUGAGCGUAGACAUCUCGAACAAGUUUGAGCGUGCCGCCUCCAUUAAGCGUCGACUGUCCUCAGAGCUGGGCCUCAACCCCAUCACCCAGGAGAUGACCCCGGGCAGGAGGACGCUGUCCGUGAAUCUGGGGCCAGGGGAUGAGAGGGAGGCCUACCCCAACCUGGCUCUCUCCCUCACUCCUGUCCCUGGAGCCCUGGCCCGCAAUGGCAGUGGACUCUACCUGAACGGACUCAGUCCGGACUACGCUGAGGUAGCCAUCAUAGAGAGCCUCUAGUGAUGAGACACCGGGGUUGUGGAAGGAACAUGGAGGUGAGACACAUUUAUGGUCAUCAGUGGAGAUCAUUAAGUGAGACUAGCACACACAUGCUUGUGUGUUCAUGCUCACACUUGUAUGUUCAUGCUCACACUUGUGCUCAUUGGUUAAGAGGCUGGUUGGAGAGACAGAUAGACACUUCAAGCUGAGAUCUCAGGCAUACUGUAGGUGAGUUUUCAGACAUACACACAUGCACACACGCAUGUUCGUCAAAGGUGAUGAGAUACAAACACACACUAGGCUGUGCAGUGAUCGGUUGAGUGCUGUGAGGGAGAGAGACACUGGUCGAUCAUCACUUACAGUAGAUCGAUCAUCACACACAAAUACAAACACACACACUAAUUGAUGGAGCUUGUGGAGAGACACACUCUACCUGAAUACACAGAGAGGCUCUGAAGUCUGCAUCAGAUGAAGAGGUUCUUCACUGUCCAACACUGUAUCAUCCAAGAUGAAACGUUCUCUAAGGCCUUUUACCCAACAAGUGUUAGGUUCUCACCAGGAGGCAACAAUAAUCACCAAACUUACGAAGCAUGAAGUUGAUGUAUUUCCAAGAUUGUGUCUUUUUUCGUUUCAGUUGACACUUUUGUAUGGUUCAUGUAUUCAGACUACUAGGACAGUAUUUAUUUAAUGCCUUGCUUUCAGUAAUGACACCGCUUACAGUUUUAAAGCAGAAUGUUUGGAUCAUUUUUUUACCUUCAAGAAGGACAUGCAGCUUUUUACCUAAGGAAUAUUCCAAGUGCCUUAAAUAUUGGAAGAACACUUUGAACAGUGUUUUGGAUUGCCGGUGCAUGUUGGACUGAGUCUUAUCUAUCUGGUUCGUUAUCAAGUCUUAAUUCUUACUUAAGCAAUCCUUGAGAAUAUUUGUACAUUAUUUAUGCGUCUUUUAGAGAACACAGCAACACAUCAAGUAACAAGGAGAAGGUGCAUGGAAGGAUAUGAACUUUGACCUUUUGAAGUGGAGAUUUAACAGAAGACAAAGCAUCCAAGCAUAUUUCCGAUUGGAGCUGGACUGACUGGGAUAUUUCUGACCUCUCUGUCUGUGUGUGUCAACCAUUUUGUCCCUGUUACUGUCCCAUUGUCCCCUGCCUGCAAUGGUGACUUUGUCAUUCAGGCGCAUUACUGAUAGAAUGUCACUCUCUUCCUCCUCCUCCUGUUCCCCUCCUCUCUCUUCAUCCCUCCUCCUCUCCUCCCACUCAUAGACAAACGUAGACACUCUAUUUAUCAAAGAGAGAAAUGGUCCUACAGAAGCAUAUCAACCAUUCACCUCUAUGGUUGCCUUCAAUAACUCUGUAUCCCAACAACUGAUCCAUGUAUGUGGAAAUAGUAAGGUAAGAUAUGUAUUUAUAUCAAUGUUAAGUCCAUCAAAAGCAGAAGUGAUCUGCACACAUAGUACAAAGACUCUAAGAUUCUUCUUUUGCCAUCUUUGGUUGGUUUUCUUAACGCAGCAGGGGGAGGGAGAGGGGGUGUUAAACACAGAGGUUUUGGCUAAUGCUUCGUCAUUUAGUCCCUCACUUGGUCUGCACAUCACUAUUUCUGGGGUUAAACAGAAUACUCAUCAUAAAAAACCCUCUUCCUGUGUCCACCUGUGAGUAACAGUAGGCUAUCUAAGCAAAGCUCGAGGAAGACAGGGCUUAUAUCAUGGAGUUCCAUAUUGAUGAAUACUUCUUAAUGGGUGGUGGAUGUAGAAGGCAGAUUAGGGAAAUAGCUUGGUAGCCUCAAGGUUUAAUCCGGCUUCUCUCCUCUGACAGGCUAUUCAUCAUGUUGGAUAGAAAUAUAUUUGGGACAUACAUAUAUUGUAUUUUCUUAUACAAAUCAGGCCCAUUUUAUGCAUUUUACUCACUGUUUAUUUUGAUUGGGUAUGUGGGUAAUGGGCAUGGUUAUUGGCAUGGUUAUGGGCUUGGUUAUGCAAUGUGUUAUAAGGCUGAGGGGAGACGCAAUGAAAAAAUGACUUGGAUUGUUACUUAAAUGAAGGGGGAUGCAAUGAAGAAAUGACUUGGAUUGUUACUUUAAUGUGUCUUUAAUGUGUCUAACUUUAAUUAUUUUUUCUGUGCUUUCUUAUUUCCAAUCACAUUUUUAAUGUCAUAUCUUGCCAUAACAUCACACAUGUACCUCUCAUGUGCAUCAUACAAUACAGAACAAAGUGUCUUACAAAUGCCCAUUUCAUCAAGAAACAGGUUUACAUUCAAUUUUUGAACAGAGUAACGGUUGUUAACUGAAAGUAUGAAUGUUUGAAUGGUGAGAAAGCAGCCAGGUCACCUGUGAUACAAAUCAGUAUUUGAAAUCCAUCCAUUUUUUUAUUUAACCUUUAUUUAAGUAGGCAAGUCAGUUAAGAACAAUUAAGAACACAUUCUUAUUUACAAUGACGGCUUACACCAGCCAAACCCAGAUGACGCUGGGCCAAUUGUGCACCGCCCUAUGGGACUCCCAAUCACAGCCAGUUGUGAUACAGCCUGGAUUCAAACCAGGGUGUCUAUAGUGACGCCUACUAGCACUGAGAUGCAGCGCCUUAGACUGCUGCACCACUCGGGAGCCCAUGUCUGCAGAUUUCGGGAGAUGACAUGGAAACCGGGAAUUAGGGGCAACAGUGAGGGCUGUAACCAAGUAGUUUUCGGGUUUGCUAGGGCAUUGUGGACAGGGAUGGUGGAUGGGUGUAAGCAGCUGCCUCUAGUGCUAACGGUUGCAUGUUUGAAUCCAGCAAUAGAAAGUUGUUUUUGAGAUUUGGUAUAGGCUUAAAACAAAAAUCUAUUUCAUCCAUCUGCUUCCAGUGCCAAAGGUUGCAUAUUAGAAUCCAGAGAUAGAAAGUAGUUUUGUAGAUUUUUGUUUUAAACCUAUCCGAAAACUUAACCCUUACCUUAACCAUUCAGAGUUAAUGCCUAACUUUAAGAUUCCGGAGUUAAUGCCUAAACGUAACCUUUAAACACUUCGAAAUGUGACUUUUGGAACUACUU